AUGAUCGCGUCAAGCUCGCCGUCUCCCGUCCGUGCGGCAUCUCCCAAUCAUGCCGAGCUCGAGGAAGACGAAGCUCUUCCUGAGGUCGAGAUCGAGGACGACCAGGACGAGGACUCGUCGCUCCCGAGGCCUCUCGCCACGGCGUCGCGUUCGCGGGCGCCUCCUGCGCCACGUCCAACGUCGCCUACGUCGUCCUCCUCGGGCUCGGAGUUUGGCCUUGCUCCCAGUCCCGCACCUUCCUCUCAUCCGCCGACGCCUCCUCCCAGGCGCGGCCGGCCUCUGAAGCGGCAGCAGGCAGAUGUGGAUGAUGAUACGAAGUCGAAGCCGGCGGCUGCUCCGGCCAAGAAGGUAGGCAAGAAGAAGAAGACGAAGAAGUAUGAGAGCUAUGCGAAUCUGCGAGAGGAUAUUCCCGAUAUCUACCCAAACUUCACGGAUAAGAAGGGGCGGCGCAUCUGUGGGCAGUGUAACGCUCUCGGCCGGAUGAGCGAUGGGAAAUGUGUCGAGCGGUGGGGUCCGAGUACUUUGGGUCGGGGGUCGGUGUGUCAGAACUGCCGAAAGAAGAAUGUGAAGAUCUUGAGGGGUUUGCAGUAG